AUUUGACGCAAAUUGACAAGUAGUUCUCAAUAAGCGUUUACUAUAAAACUCCAACAUACAAAUUCAAGAAUAAAUAACUUCGUGUCACCGAAAAAUGGCAUCCGACAGAUCUGAAUCGACCGGAGAUUCCAAUGGCGAUCGCCGGAAAGUAGCUCUGAUCACCGGCAUUACUGGCCAAGACGGGUCGUAUCUGACUGAAUUCCUUCUCGACAAGGGCUAUGAAGUUCAUGGACUGAUUCGUAGAUCCUCCAAUUUCAACACCCAACGAGUUAAUCACAUCUACAUCGAUCCUCACAAUGUCCAUAAGGCACGCAUGAAGCUUCACUAUGCCGAUCUUACCGAUGCCUCUUCUCUCCGCCGCUGGAUUGAUACAAUUCAACCUGAUGAGGUUUACAACCUCGCCGCACAGUCUCAUGUUGCCGUCUCCUUUGAGAUCCCUGAUUACACCGCCGACGUUGUCGCCACCGGUGCUCUCCGUCUUCUGGAGGCUGUCCGUUCUCACAUUUCUGCUACUGGAAGAUCAAAUAUCCGUUACUACCAAGCUGGUUCAUCUGAGAUGUUCGGAUCCACACCACCACCGCAAUCUGAAUCUACACCCUUCCACCCUAGAUCCCCUUACGCUGUAUCCAAGUGUGCCGCGCAUUGGUACACCGUCAAUUACCGUGAAGCGUACGGGAUCUUCGCUUGUAAUGGGAUCUUGUUCAAUCAUGAAUCUCCCAGGCGGGGUGAGAACUUUGUCACUAGGAAGAUCACUCGGGCUGUGGGUCGGAUCAAGAUUGGGCUACAGAGCAAGCUGUUUUUGGGGAAUCUGCAGGCAUCCAGGGAUUGGGGUUUUGCUGGGGACUAUGUAGAAGCAAUGUGGAUGAUGCUGCAGCAAGAGAAGCCGGAUGACUAUGUGGUAGCAACCGAGGAGUCCCACACGGUAGAGGAGUUCUUGGAAGAGGCAUUUGGUUAUGUAGGAUUGAAAUGGUCGGAUCAUGUGGUGAUUGAUAAGAGGUACUUUAGGCCUACAGAAGUUGAUAAUCUUAAGGGAGAUUCGAGCAAGGCUAGGAAAGUUUUGGGAUGGAAGCCCAAAGUUGGAUUCAAACAACUGGUGAAGAUGAUGGUGGACGAGGAUGUCGAAUUGGCUAAAAGGGAGAAGGUUCUUGUUGAUGCUGGUUACAUGGAUGCUCAACAACAGCCUUGAAAGCUCUAUUAUGCAGAACCUGCUUUCAGUUGCAGAACAGUUGUGGGAAUGUGUCUGCAAAUGACAAGAAAGUUGUAUAUAGUCUCGUUGUUGUCUACCAAGCCGAUGUUAAUGCAGUAGUCCAUGGUGAAGCGUCUCCUGGUGUGUGUUUGCAGUGUAGAAGACAUAAAGAGGUAUAUGUAUAGGAAGUCGGAAUCCUCUAGAGGAAAACGUAAAUAUUGAACUUCCAUAGCUGACUGCUUUGUUAAAUUUACUGCAAAACCCUGAAGUGCUUUAUACAAAACAUAGUUAAACAAGAAUUUUUCCAGCUGGAGAUCUACUUGUACAGUAA